GAACCCUGAUUGGAUCAGGCGCUAAUGUUUCAAGAAUUAACCUUUAUUUUUAAAAAAAUAGAUCAACAAAUUGCAGUAUUCUUAACAUAGAAAUAGAAUACAAAAACUCAGAUCUCAAAAACAGUUUUAAAUAAAAAAUAUUCUUUAUCGAUUCUAUCCCUAUCAUAGACCCUAUCAUAGUUUAAAAGCAAAAGCAAGAUCUUGAUGAAGUUAAUUACAGGACUAAUCCGAGGUUAUAGGAGGUCAUUGUCCUACCUCAGGAUUAAUAUCAUCCUCAGCCUCAAUCACGCCCUCGUUGAGAUCUUCAACACCUACGUCACCUUUAUGUCGUGUCUAACAAUGUGGAGUUCGUUUAGCUUGAUCCCAUACUGGGUCGGGUUCUUGGCAGAUCUAUUGAUCUUCUUCUUGAUCAAUCUGUCCCUUGGGCUCUCCAUCAUCAUCUCAGUCUGUAGACUACUCAUGAUCAUCAAGUUUGAGGCAAUGAUAGAGCUAGAACCUGAAGAGUUGUUUAGAAGAAUAAUGAUAAUUCUUGUAACACUAAUCAGCCUGGGUUUAGUUUAUCCAUCCUACUCUGUGUACACUACAGGUUAUGUGGCUCCACAUGUGUCCUUCUACACUGGGUUGGAAAGUUGUGGUACUCUGAACCCCCACAUUGUGGUGGCCGGGUUCCUCUGUAUUGUGUGUAUAGCUGCCACAAUUGGACCACAUGUGUACGGGGAACAAUAUCUCAAGAAACAUCAUGCUCUCAGUGCUAAAUCCGAGAAAGCAGAUUCAAUAAAAAACAUAAUUAACAUGAAGACUGUAAUCCUAGCUAUCAUCAUCAUCAGUGGGGGUGUUGCAUUAGCUGUACUGUUCAGUUUAGUAGAUCAACGCCAGAUGCCUCUGAAUAUCAUCAUAUCUGACACAAUUUCUACUCUCAUUCUAAUCAAGUUCUUUCACAAUCCGGAAAUUCAAGAAUACUCAAGGCGAAAAAUGUCUCAAAAAAAGACGAACAUUAUGGAGAGCUUCAAACACCUGAAAUCCCGAANGGGGGGGGGG